GGGGCCGGGCGCUGGGGGGGCCCGGGCCGAAGCCAGAGCCAGAGCUGGAGGCGGGCGAAACCGGAGCGGCCGGGGGCGGCCACGGUGAUGAGCCGGGCCUGGUGGACACGGCGCCAUCGCAGUCAGAUCCUUUGACGUGGUUUCUGUUUCUCCACAGGAGGAGGCUGGGCAGAAAGGACUCACUGAGCCACCUCCCACUCUACUCCAUGUUGGCUGUGUUCUCAGGCUGGCGCCAUGCCACCCCCUGCAGAGGUGACAGAUCCAUCCCAUGCCCCGGCUGUCCUGCGACAGCUCAAUGAACAGCGGCUCCGUGGCCUCUUCUGUGAUGUCACCCUUAUAGCCGGAGACACCAAGUUCCCAGCUCACCGCAGCGUCCUGGCUGCCUCGAGUCCUUUCUUCAGAGAGGCUCUGCUAGCUUCAGCCCCACUUGCCCUCCCACCAGUUCCUGGGGGCUCAGCUCCUAAUCCUACAACCACCACAGCUGCCUCUUCCUCCUCCUCCUAUUCUUCCUCUUCUUCCUCCUCCUCUUCUCCACCUCCAACCUCCCCUUCUGCUUCAUCCCCACCCCGGGUCUUGGAGCUGCCAGGGGUCCCAGCAGCUGCCUUCUCUGAUGUCCUCAACUUCAUCUAUAGUGCCCGGCUUGCACUUCCUGAUGGUGGAGGGGAUGGGGCAGCUGUAGCAGAGAUUGGAGCCCUGGGCCGUCGACUGGGCAUCUCACGCCUGCAAGGCCUAGGGGAGGGAGGUGAUGCCUGGGUACCUCCGACUCCAGCCCCUGUGGCCACUUCACAACCUGAAGAAGACAGCUUCCAUCCUGGGCCUAGGCCAGAUGGAGAGUGGGAGGAUGACAAGAUGGAGACCCCAGACUCACAGCCUCCGCUGUCCAGGCGGUCUCUCCCCUGCCCUCGAUGUGGAAAAACCUUCAUCCAUCCCAAGCGGCUGCAGACCCAUGAGGCUCAGUGUCGACGGGGAGCCAAUUCUCGGGUGUCUACAGGACUGGGAGCUGGAGGCCCUGGCCCUGGUGGUCCUGCAGGAGUGGAUGCCUCAGCCCUGCCUUCACCAGUGAGCUUCCGAGGUGGCCCUGAGCACUUGGUGAAGGUAGUGGGUGGCCACGUGCUCUAUGUGUGUGCAGCCUGUGAGCGUUCCUACGUGACCCUGUCCAGCCUAAAGCGCCACAGCAAUGUGCACUCCUGGCGGAGGAAGUACCCCUGCCGCUACUGCGAGAAGGUGUUUGCUUUGGCUGAGUACCGCACUAAGCACGAGGUGUGGCACACUGGAGAGCGCAGGUACCAGUGCAUCUUCUGUUGGGAAACCUUUGUCACCUACUAUAACCUGAAGACCCACCAGCGAGCCUUCCAUGGCAUUAGCCCUGGCCUCCUAGCCAGCGAGAAGACACCCAAUGGAGGCUACAAGCCCAAGCUUAACACCCUCAAGCUGUACCGCCUGCUCCCCAUGAGGGCAGCCAAGCGGCCCUACAAGACCUACAGCCAAGGAGCUCCUGAGGCCCCCCUUUCUCCACGCCUCCACCCACCAGCCCCUGUGGCCAUGCCAUCCAGCCCCCCACCCAAACCCCCACCUGCCCCCGAGCCUGGCCCGCCCCCCUCGGUCAUCACCUUCGCCCACCCAGCUCCCUCGGUCAUUGUCCACGGGAGCGGCGGCAGCAGCAGCGGCGGUGGAACAGGGGGUGGACUGGCCAGCACGGGAGGAGCCCAGGCCGCCUCAGUCAUCACUUACACUGCUCCCCCAAGACCCCCCAAGAAACGGGAGUACCCGCCUCCGCCCCCUGAGCCUGCAGCCACACCCACCCGCCCAGCCUCCACCACUGUCAGCCCGGCCACAGCUGCAGGGCCCGGCACAGCCACAGAGGAGACCAAGAGCCGGAAUCCUCGGGCAGGGCGGACUCUGACUUACACGGCCAAGCCCGUGGGUGGGGUCGGGGGGGCUGGGGGAGCCGCUGCCGGAACAGGCCGGGGCUCCCAGCUACCUGCUCCGCCCCCACUGUGUCAGAUCACUGUGAGAAUUGGAGAGGAGGCCAUUGUCAAGCGUCGCAUCUCAGAAACCGAUCUGCGUCCUGGGGAUCUGAGCGGAGAGGAGGUGGAUGAGAGUGAGGAAGAGGAAGAGGAGGACGAAGAGGAGGAGGAGGAGGACAAUGAGGAAGAAUCAAAGGCCAGUGGGGAGGAUCAGCUGUGGAGGCCCUACUAUUCCUACAAGCCUAAGCGCAAGGCUGGAGCUACCAGCGGGGGCAGCAGUGGGGGCAAUGGGAUUCCCCGAAGUCGACGACCACCACGCUGGAGGCAGAAGCUGGACCGGAGGGGCUGGGAAGAGAGCCCAGCCCUGGAAGUCCCAACAGGGCGGCCACGCGGUGAGCGGAGGCACCACUGUGGGGACUGUGCCCAGACCUUCCCCAACCUGAGGAAGCUUCGGAAACACCAGGAAGCCCAUAGUGGGGGCUCGCACAGCUCCAGGACUGGACGGAGGCCUUCUACCCGCUUCACCUGCCCUCACUGCGCCAAGGUGUGCAAAACAGCCGCUGCCCUGAGCCGACACGGACAGAGGCAUGCUGCCGAGCGGUCUGGGGGGACCCCCACCCCUGUCAUCGCCUACUCCAAGGGCAGUGCUGGCACCAGGCCUGGAGCUGUCAAGGAGGAGGCUCCCCAAGAGAUGCAAGUGUCCUCCUCCAGUGGGGAGGCCGGAGGUGGGAGUGCUGCUGCUGAGGAGGCUCCAGACACGGCCUCACUCCAGGACCCUGUCAUCUCAGGGGGUGAAGAACCCCCAGUAGCAGUAGGGGGUAGCCAUGGGUACCCUCCUGUGCAGGAAUUCCCCCUGGCCUUAAUAGGGAGGGGCCGGGAACCUGGCAGUGGCAGAGGCAAAGCUGGAGGUGAGGGGCCAGUGGGGGCUUCCCAGGGGGACCAGAUGGAAGCUGCAAAAGUCACCUUCUAUCCUGAGCCCUACCCACUCGUCUAUGGCCCCCAGCUCCUGGCUGCCUACCCUUACAACUUCAGCAACUUGGCUGCUCUCCCAGUUGCUCUCAACAUGGUCCUACCUGAUGAGAAGGGUGGGGGGGCCCUUCCCUUCCUGCCAGGAGUCUUCAGCUACACAGUGAAUCCUCAAGCAGCUCCUCCUACUCCCCCAACUCCACCACCCCCAAUUCUUCCUCCAUCAGGUCCUCCUAAGGGAGAAGGGGAAAGGGCAGGAGUUGACAGAACGCAGAAGGGAGAUGUGGGGUGAGCCAGGCUGUGGGACCCGGAUCUCGUUUCACCAGAUGCCACCCUCCCUGAACCCCCACCACCACUACCAGCUCCCUGGCCUCCUUUGCCCCUUGGGAGCCCCACCACACUUUUGUGCAGGGACUUGGGGGUCCCUGGAGCUCAGGGGUCAGGCUGCUUCGUGUGAGAUCGUAGUUUUCCCAUCUCCUGGGAAGGGAUCUUUAGUUGUUCCCCUCUCACUCUUCCUCCAGGGAAUGGCCCCCUUGAGGGGCAGGGCCAGCUCCCACCCCUUCUCCAGCCCUUGGGGCAACUGAGCAAUAUACUUAUCUGAAUCUCUAUUCACAGCCCCCACCAGCUCUGAAUGUCUAACCUGCUCCCCUCAUUGGUAAACCUAGGCGGGGGGAAAACAUCUCUCACUUCAUUAUCUUGCUGUUUCUGAAGCUUUCUGAGUCCUUCCCCAGAUGCUUCCAGCACAUUCCAUUCUGUGUGGCCCAGGGCCUGGACCAGACCAUUGUGAUAGCUGCCCCACCCACCUGCCUGGGAGCAUGGCUUCGGAUUCCGUUCUUCCCAAGGGUGGGUUUUUCUUCUGUCCUUGUUUCCUUCACAUCCAGAUGCCACGCCUUCCUUGGCUCUCAUGCCUUUGGAUCUUCCAUACUUCUUCCUGUGCUCCUAGACUUUGGAGGUGGCCUUGCCCAAUCCAGGUUCAAAGGAGGUGUUAGGGGAAAGGAUACACCUCUGUUUCAUGACUGAGCACUUUUCCAGUCCAGGACAGGGAAUUCUUGGUUCCUACCUUGACUUUCAAAUCCAGUGAACCCUCAGAUUCUUCCAAGGGAAAAGAGGUGAGUAGAUCAUGCCUCUUCCUGCCUUUACAUAUGGCCUCUUUUGGGCUACACCAGAUUUGAGAGCCAAGGACACCAUAUGGGAUGAGGAAAAGAAUCUAUGUUCUACCUGCUUCCCCCCUCAUGGUUUCUCCCAGACUAGACCAAAUAGCCAGAAAAAAAAAAAAACAAAAAAAAACUAUGGGGGUUCAAUGAGUGGGUAAGCCCAAGAUUUGCACAUGACCUUUCAUCCUUACCUUCCCCCCAUCUUCCCCAGUGUUGCUGUCCUCACCAGAUGGUUUGCGGGGGACCAUCCUACUCUCCUGGUGGGCUUUGGGGUAUCCCCACCAACUUUCCCUCCAAAAUAGCACCUUAUACCCCAUCUUUGACUCAGUUCCCCACACCCAAAGAUCCCAGCCUAGGGAAGGGGUGCAGGGACCAUAAAUAGUCCCUAAUCCCUAAUUUGCACUAGUUAACCCUGGUCAGGGGUCCGUUUUUCCUUCCAGUGGGGAGAAGAAGAAAUGUUUGCUCUUAGUUCUUUUUGAAAACAGAGCCUCCCUGCUCUGUAAUUGGAUAAGUAUUUCCCAUCCCAUCCACCUCCAUUCAAGUCAAGAGGAGAGCCAGUUUGGGGGAACAAAUUUGACAAGUGGGAGUUAGAGGAGCUGCAGUUUAAAAAGGGAGAAAGGUCACUGUCAUCAAAAUGGCAACAUUUCUCUCAGCUACUGUUUUUUGUUUUUUUUUUAACUUCUUGUUUUAUUUUGCCAAGAUGGCUGCCCUCUCAGUAACUACAGAGAGGACAAGAUCAUGGCUUUUGGAGGGAGGUAAGUUUGUAGAGGUCCAGAAGCAUCCUCCUACGCCUUCCAGCAUAUAGGAAAGGGGAGGGAAGGAUUUUUUUUUUUUUUUUUUGGUUGGUUGUGGGGCUUGAACUCAGGG